UAAAUAUAACCAUACCCCACUCCCCCCUUCAUUCAAAUCCCAUUUCUUAACCCAAAGUCACAGAUAAACUAACCAAUUGAAAAAAGCUAAAACAUGGGAUUCAAGAGAACCCUCUUUUGGCUUUCUAGCUUUGUCAUUCUUUUCUUUUCUAUCAUAAUUGUUCAUCAUACCCAGAUACCUGCCAUUAGUCCUCAUCAAGAUAGUUCUAGUUUUCAGCUUGGAAUAAUAUUUAGCAAGAUUACUAAGCUUAGUGGUUCUCAAGAUUUUGUUUCUUUGAUAACAAGUAUUGCAAGGAAACAUCAUCACUGGAAGAGGCAUGAGGACAAAUGUGACCAGGUCAAAUUGGCUUAUAAUGUGACUCAUGUUUUCACAGUUGACUUAAAGGGGCGUGGUAACUUCAGUAGUGUGCAGAAAGCAAUUGAUGCUGUUCCUGAAUCUAGUUCUGAUACCACCCUUAUCUUAAUCGACUCUGGCACAUACAGGGAGAAGGUAGUGGUGCAAGCCAAUAAAACAAACUUGAUAAUUAAAGGUCAAGGGUAUCUCAAUACAAUCAUAGAAUGGAAUGACACUGCCAAUUCCACUGGUGGGACAUCCUAUAGCUACUCUUUUGCUGUCUUUGCUUCUAAGUUCACUGCUUACAACAUCAGCUUUAAGAACACAGCUCCUCCACCAUCACCAGGAAAGAUUGGGGAACAGGCAGUGGCACUGAGAAUUACAGGUGAUCAGGGUGCAUUCUAUGGAUGUGGGUUUUAUGGUGCACAGGACACACUCAAUGAUGACAGUGGAAGACAUUAUUUUAAAGAAUGUUUCAUCGAAGGAUCCAUUGAUUUCAUAUUUGGAAAUGCAAGGUCACUUUAUGAGGGCUGUACCAUACACUCAAUAGCAAAACCAGAUUUGGAUGGGGUUAGUGGCUCAAUUACAGCACAAGGGAGGCAAUCAAUAAACGAGGAAACAGGGUUUUCAUUUGUGAAUUGUACCAUUCUUGGGACUGGGAAUGUGUGGCUUGGAAGAGCUUGGGGUGCUUUCUCCACUGCUGUCUUCUCAAAAACAUACAUGUCUGAGGUUGUAGCUCCUGAGGGAUGGAAUGAUUGGAGAGAUCCCUCCAGAGACCAGACUGUCUUCUUUGGAGAGUACCGUUGUCUAGGACCUGGGGCAAAUUACACAUCCAGAGUUUCCUAUGCAAAGCAACUGAAGGAUUAUGAAGCAAACUCCUAUAUGAAUAUUUCAUACAUAAAUGGAAAUGAUUGGCUUCUCAAUUAUUUUGAAAACCAUGUUGGUCAUUAUGAUGUAUAG